AACGAUCCUGAACUCCAUAGCCAUAGUCGUGGCUGCAGCUUGAUUUGCAUUUGCAGGGCAGGGCUUGGUUACGUUCCUCGCCCCCGCACCUCCGACCUCGUUUCCCUCACUGCAAUCGUCUUCUGUUGAGCUGUGUAUCUCGUUGUCCCUCUGCUGUUGGUCGUUUCCAGCUCGUUCUUGAUUACCAGUGGCCUCGGAUUCCAUCCCUUAGGGUUUCGGGUUUGAUUACGCGGUGAAUGCUGCUGCGAUGAUGCUGAAGGAGUGAGGAAGGCUAUAGCGAGGGCGACGGAGGGUUGUGUGUUCGUGCUGUAAAGCUUUGGAGGCAGUGGAGUUUGGAUCUGGAGGGGAGACGAUGAGUUUGACUCUGUAGGGGGGACGUGAUGUAGGGGUGUCGAGGAUGGGCAGAGGUGAUGGACGGAGACACGCGGCGGGAUUUUGGAAUUUUUAGGUUUCAAGAGGGUUGACGGUCGGUUUUCACGUAGGAGCAGCAUCCUUAAGGGAGUUUUGGAUCUUGGAUCGUUGGCUUGGGGGUGAAGAUUUCUUUCACAAUGGGGAGCAGAUUGAGGGACAUGAUACGGUCCAUUCGAGCUUGUAAAACUGCAGCUGAGGAGAGAAGUGUAGUUGCAAAAGAGUGCGCCUUACUUCGAAAUGCUUUUAAAGAUAAUGACCAGGAUUAUCGACACCGCAACGUUGCCAAGCUUAUGUUCAUCCAUAUGCUGGGCUAUCCCACUCACUUUGGUCAGAUGGAAUGCAUCAAGUUGAUCGCUGCAGGCUCCUUUCCUGAGAAAAGAAUUGGUUACCUGGGUCUCAUGUUACUGCUUGAUGAGCGCCAGGAAGUGUUGAUGUUGGUUACCAAUUCUUUGAAAAAUGACUUGGGCCACACCAAUCAGUUUAUUGUUGGGUUAGGACUUUGCGCUCUCGGCAAUAUUUGUACCGCUGAAAUGGCUAGGGAUCUUGCUCCAGAAGUUGAAAAACUUUUACAAAGCAACAACUCCUACAUUCGUAAGAAGGCAGCGUUGUGUUCCGUGAGGAUCGUUCGGAAGGUGCCGGACCUUGUUGAGUAUUUGACGGUUCCAGCUACAGGACUUCUCACAGACAAGCAUCAUGGGGUUCUGGUAGCAGGAGUAAAGCUUUGUACAGAGCUUUGUCAAUCCAACGAGCUAGCCCUUGAACAUUUUAGGAAGCAUGUGUCGACAAUGGUCCGGGUGCUGAAGAACCUGGUUGUCAGUGGUUAUGCUCCUGAGUAUGAUGUCAGUGGAAUUACAGACCCCUUUUUACAAAUCAGGCUUCUUAGAUUGCUGCGCCUACUUGGGAAUGGUGAUGCCGAUGUCAGCGAUGCAAUGAGUGAUGUCCUUGCGCAGGUUGCAACGAACACAGAAAGCAACAAGAAUGCGGGCAACGCUAUUUUAUACGAGUGUGUACAGACAAUCAUGGCCGUAGAGGCUAUUGGAGGCCUUCGCGUAUUGGCUAUCAACAUUUUGGGUCGCUUUUUGGCUAAUCGUGAUAACAAUAUAAGAUAUGUAGCAUUGAACACCCUUGUCAAGGUCGUAUCAGUCGAUACUCAAGCCGUCCAGCGGCAUCGUACGACGAUUGUUGAAUGUGUGAAGGAUUCAGAUAUUUCCAUUAGAAGACGAGCUUUGGAGCUUGUCUGUGCUUUGGUGAAUGAAAACAACGUCAAGGUUUUAACAAAGGAGUUGGUUGAAUAUCUGAAAGUCAGUGAUCCUGACUUUAAGGGAGACCUCACUGCAAGGAUAGCUGGACUUGUUCAAAAAUUUGCGCCAAACAAGCAGUGGUACAUUGAUCAGAUGAUAUUGCUCAUGGUUGAGGCUGGGAAAUAUGUUACCAAUGAAGUGAUCAGGUCUUUGGUAGUCGUUAUAAGCAAUGCAAAUGAUCUUCAAGGCUAUGUUGUUCGAACCCUUUACCGAGUAUUUCAAGCGUGGGAUGGGCAGGAAAGUCUUGGACAAGUCACUGUUUGGUGUAUUGGUGAGUAUGGAGAGUUUUUAAUUAACAGUGCUAAUGAAUUGGAAGGCGAAGAUCCACUCACUGUUGCAGAAUCAGACGCUGUGGAUGUUGUUGAAAGUGUCUUAAAAGACUCGAGAGUAACACCCACCACAGUAGCAUUUGCACUUACGGCGCUUCUGAAACUCUCAACUCGUUUACCUACCUGUGCAGACCGCAUCAAGAACUUGAUUUUAGAACAUAAAGGAAGUUUGGUACUGGAGUUGCAACAACGGGCUAUUGAAUUCGGGUCAAUCCUUACCAAGCACAGUGAAUUGAAGGCAACACUUUUGGAGAGGAUGCCUGUUUUGGAUGAAGCUACGUAUUCCGCCAAGAAUGAAAUGGGCGUUGAUGGGCAACAAACUGCUGCUGCUGUAGCAUCGGAAUCUGAUGCUAAUGGGCACUUGAAACAACCAAAUGGAAUUGGAAAACAACCUGCUGCUACUGCCAACCUUAUGGAUCUACUUAGCUUUACUGAUGAGCAGCCAAGCACUUCAUCGAACUCCUCAGGAAAUGCCUUGUUGGAUCUCCUUGGUAAUGGUCCUUUGGAUGGCUCUAAUUCUCUUACUUCUUCAGCUAAACACUCAGCAGGAGGGGCCGACAUGUUGUUGGACCUUCUCUCUCUAGAUGGGCCAGCUCCUCCUACAUCUGCUCCUACAUCUACUGCUGCAGCUCCCCUGGCAGGUCUACUGGAUGUUGAUCCUCUUGGAAAUAUUCCGUUGGGUAACCUCUCUCUCAGUGGAGGUACCCCUAAAGGCCCGCCCGCAGUUGUGGAUCCCUUCGCAAAUCUUACAUCUACAGCAAUGCUUGCAUCAGUGCCUUCUCCUGAUCCUGCUCCUGGGUUUCCGACCAUUGUUGCCAUGCAAACAAGUGGACUAAAGAUCUCAUUCGACUUCACGAAACCUGCAGAUUCACCUAAAACUACUAUCAUCAAGGCCUUCUACAGUAACUUGUCAUCAAAUCCUUACACAGAUUUUGUCUUUCAGGCAGCAGUACCAAAGUUCAUGCAAUUGCAGUUGGAGCCUGCUACAAGUGGAAUUCUUCCUGCUAAUUCAACCAACUCAGUCACACAAUUGAUCAGACUCACCAACAAUAUGCAUGGGCAGAAAGCUUUAGUCAUGAAGUUGAGAGUGAGCUACAAGGCAAAUGGAAACAAUGUACUAGAGCAAGGGCAAGUUAAUAACUUCCCUGCCGGGUUGUAGUAAUUUUAUAGUUCUAGGUUAUAACACAGAGUUGCGCUAGGUUUUAGGAACCAGCUGACAAGUGUUUUUGUCUAGCAGGAGUUGUUUUGAGAUGUUGAGUCUAGGGCUGGGCUCUCAACAACUUAUUGUCUUCCUAGAGGGCGGUAGAUACGUGCACAUUGUAGACAGGUUUUGGUUAGAAAAUCAUUUGAAGUGAGAGCAUGUGCUUCUUGGCAGGAUCAUACAAAGUGGAAGCACAGUCUCUUGUAUUGUUUACGAAAGCUAGAGAUUUUGUAGGGCGUUAUCAGUAAGCAAUUUUGAUUAAUCAUAAGGAAGAACUUCGCUUCAUAUGCUAA